GGCAAGUUCCCUCAUUACGAGAGGGGAAUUUGCAGGAAGAUAUAUUCAGUUUUCCCUGGUUAAAGGAUAGACCUGUUGUUCUUGGAUCAAGAUUUAAAGAUGCAUUCCAAGACCCAUGUGCAUAUCUUUCCAUAGAGCCUCUAUUUGAGAAAGAGAGAUAUGUAGUGACAUAUAAUCCUUCAAAAGAUAAAGUAUAUGCAUUGCUCAAGGAUCAGGCGAAGUCAGAUGACAUUCUAAAAGCGGCAUUUCAUGCUCAUGUGCUUUUGCAUUUCAUACAAUCUGCAAACAAUUCUCGAUCUUCAUCCUGGAAGGAGCAGGAACAUGAUCAUUCAAAAUUAAUGCCCACAACUGCCAAUCUUGAGGCUCGUAUUGCAGAAUCAUGUAAGACGGUCUCAAGUGCAUAUGGGCUUUUCAAGAGUAAAGUUGCAGAACAGGGUUGGAGAAUGUCUGAUUCGCUUCUGAAUCCCGGCCGAGCACGACUUGUAUUCCCUGGUUAAACGACAGAACACACUCCAUCUCUUUCACUAUCUAAAGCUGGAUGUUAAACUUGCCAAGCAAAAGAUAACCAUCCACAACCAAUGCUGAAAACAUACAAGCGAACAAGAGUUUGCCAUUGAUACCAUGGAUCUCAUCAAGCCUACAAUUCUCGUGCUUCGCCAAAUCUGAAACAUUCAAGAAAGAUAACGACACUACCCGAGUGGAAAAAUUAACCAUUUGCAUAAAGUUGCAGGGUGUAAUAUACAUUGGAAUUACUUGCUUUUUCAUAUCUGGGUUUCCAAAUAUCUUUUCUUCUUCUUUUUUCCUCUCAAGUUUAUUUUACUAUAUUUGAAACCCAUUUUGUAUCAAAAUUUUCUCCACUUCCCAACAUUGCAGAGGUAAAUAUCAAGUUUUUUUAACUAGUGAAAAGCUUAAGGUUGUGUUUUUU